AUGUCGUUCAAGGUUGAGCGGGACACAUUCCAGCAGCAAGGCGCUGCCGCCUUCCAGCAAGGUGCUUCUCAGUUCCAGACGCCACCGCCGCCGUCGUCUGCCCAGCAGCUGCUGCACCCUAUUCGGACCGCCGAGCGCGCUCUCGCCGGCCCCCCGAUUCCUGGCACCAGUGGCCAUCAUCCCAUUGCCGAAGUCGUCGGCACGGCGCUGACCGGUGGCCGCCAGAAUGCCGGCACCAAGGGUUACCUUGCUGUACGUGGAGCCUUGGCUUCUACCAUUGCUGAAGCGGUGGCACGAACUGUCAAUACCUACAUCAAGCAACUGGAGGAGAAUCCUCUGCGCACCAAGAUGCUCACUGCUGGCACCCUCGCCGGUACUCAGGAACUCCUUGCCUCGUGGCUAGCUAAGGACCGCAACAAGCAUGGCCACUACUUUACCUCGCGUGUGCCCAAGAUGGCUGCCUACGGCGCCCUUGUGAGCGCUCCUCUUGGCCACUUCCUCAUCUGGAUCCUGCAGAAGACGUUCAAGGGCCGCACCAGCCUGAAGGCCAAGAUCCUGCAGAUCCUUGUGAGCAACCUGCUUAUUGCUCCCAUCCAAAACACCGUCUACCUGACGGCCAUGGCCCUGAUCGCCGGUGCCCGGACGUACCACCAGGUCCGCGCUACUGUCCGCGUCGGCUUCUGGAAGGUCAUGCGCGUGACCUGGAUCACGAGCCCCAUCUGCUUGGCCUUUGCCCAGAAGUUCCUUCCCGAGAACGCCUGGGUGCCCUUCUUCAACCUGGUGUCCUUCAUCAUUGGCACCUACAUCAACACUGUCACUAAGAAGAGACGUCUUGCAGCCCUGCGCAAGAAGCACUUCGGUGACGGCUCUGGCCGCGCCGGCUCUGCCGGCGGCCGUGUUGAUGACUACCCGCCGCCGCCCACGCUGGGCGGCCAGAACCCCCAGUACUAA